UCGGGGGUAUAAAGGCGGCAUGGCUUCUGACACCGGCAGACAGAAAUAAACGACAGAGAAAGAGACACAGAAGAAGAAGUACAAGAAGACGAUGGACAUUCAGACGGGUCAGGUGGUUCGUCCUUUCAGCGCCAUGGAGAGUCUGGAGAAGCAGCUCAGCUGCCCCAUCUGCCUCGACAUGUUCACCAAGCCGGUGGUCAUCCUGCCCUGCCAGCACAACCUGUGCCGCGGCUGCGCCAACGACCUCUACGAAUCCAGGAACCCCUACCACUACUCAGGGGGGACCUUCCGCUGCCCCACAUGCCGAUUCGAGGUGAUGCUGGACCGGCACGGCGUGUACGGGUUGCAGAGGAACCUGCUGGUGGAGAACAUCAUCGACAUCUACAAGCAGCAGCAGGAGAACAAAGGCGUCGGCGACAGCGAGGACCCCCCGCUCAAGGACAAAGACGCCAAAGAGCCCAAGUGUACGGAGCACGAGGACGAGCGCAUCAACAUCUACUGCAUCAGCUGCCAGACGCCCACCUGCUCCAUGUGCAAGGUGUUCGGCCAACACAAGGACUGCGAGGUGUCGCCGCUGCACGCCAUCUACCAGAGCCAGAAGAACGAGCUGCGCUCAGCCGUGGAGCUGCUAGCUGCAGGGAACAGCUGCGUCCAGGCCACCGUGGCUCAGAUGGACGACACAUGCAAGGUGAUCCAGGAGAACGGCGAGCUGCAGAGGAGGCGGCUGGGCGAGAGCUUCGACCUGCUGUACGCCAUCCUGGAGGAGCGUAAAGGUGAGCUGCUGGAAAAGAUCGACCAGGAGGAGCAAAGCAAAGUGGCGACGCUCAGGAAGCUGGCGGAGCAGUACAGGCAGCAGCUGCAGCUCAGCAACCAGCUGCAGGAGAAGCUGGCACAGAGUGUGCAGUCCUGUGGCGCCGCAGAGUUCCUGCUCACCGCCAAGCAGCUGCAGGAGGAGGCGCAGCGGGCCGCCGCCGGGACCGGGCUGCAGCCUCCAGAGCCGGGCUACGACAGCAUGGAGCACCUGACCGUGGACACCCAGGAGGCGGUAGCGCUGCUCGCCUGCCUCGACUUCAGUCAGGGUGGCGAGGGAGAAAAGCGGGAGUGAGAACAGAUCUGAUGAGACCAGGCAGACGGUCAAAACUGGAAGAAAGGACUCAGGUUGAAGACAUGGAACAGCGUCCUGGUCUCCCUUCAGGAUGGACUCUGAUUGGACUGUUUCUGGUUGGAGAAAGACGUGGACGUCGACAAAGAGUCGGGAAAGGGAAAGAAACUUCAGUUACUCGCAGGGAAGAAAACGGAGUUGUGCAAUCUUUUGGGAAAAGUUUUUGUAUUUUACUUUUUAUACUUUUCUAUUGUUUAAUGUUUUUUCUUGUCAUUCAAGUAUUUAUUAUGUUCACGAGUCUCUUUGUCAAACUGAAAACUUGAAUUUUCAGAUUCUGCUGUAAUGUUGAAAUGAGUUUUGGAGGUGUGAAUAAAGUUUUUUCGGAUUGUUAACGUUAUGUCGUCCUCAUCAUUUCUCAGGGAC